AAUAUAGCAAGCAGAGCAAAGCACAAUAAAGCAAAAUAAAGCAAAAAAAGCAAAACAAAAUUAAAACAAAAUUAAAACAAAAUAUAGCAUAGCAAAGCAAAACAAAAUAAAAAAAAAAAAAAAAGAAUAAAAUAAAAAGCUUCCCAAAAUAAUUAGCAAAAAACGUAAAACUCAAGCGAUAAGCGUUCCAAAUCGAAACGUAUAAAACGCGUAAAAGCGAAAAAAUAAAAGAAGCCCGCCUGCCGCUAAAGGAGAGCUUCCUUUUUUUUACCGCUCAAUUUAACUGUUGCGAUUUGAUUUAACGUAACAAAUUAAAUUGCGAAGAAGGCGUCCCUUCCGCGAGCACAUACAUAUAGAUACAUACGUAUCGCAGCGUAUAACAUACGCGUAUAUACUUACAUAUAUUUUUGUACAUUUGCGUACGUUCACGCCGGUCGUUUGCCCCCCCAUUGCCGCGAAAAUGAUGAAGAAGGCCGCGCUCUCGAUCCUCCUGCUGCUCCUGCCCGUGUACUCCCUAAACCUCGACAAUGAAAACCAGGAACCAGAAGAAAUAAACACCAUCACGGGAAAAUUGCAAGUGCAGAACAGCGAGCACGAGAAAAUCCUCAGCAUCAUUAAUGAAAUUUUUACCAAGAAGGAAGAGAGCUGCAAGUUCUCUUUUUCCAAUAAUGGAUUUAGAUGUGCCUUCAGCCGAUUCGACGUUAAUUUUAAUAACUCAUCCAAGGCAGUCAACGCGUUAUUUACUAGCGAAAAUGAACAAGUGAUUAAGGAUGCCGCUGAGGAGUAUAAGGUACGCCUCAUGCUAGAGCUACACAAUUUGAGGCCACCCAACACAAAUUUGAAGAAUUUUAAAAAGAACUUCCAAGGCAUAUGCAUGAAAUUCUUUUCUGAAUUGAGAAGGAAAUUUUUCCACUUGUAUAGAAAUGAUGAAUCUGGCCAAGAUGGUGAAGGUAGCAGCCGUGGGGAAAUUACCAGUGGGGAUCAACUGACUGAGCGAAUGGAGUCCUCCUACGACUCCGCCUCUACGGAGGAUGGCUCCAACGCAGGAAAGGAUGGAAGCCAAGACCUCUCUGAGUUGAUGGAAGAAGAUGAUGAGCACAACCCAGAUGCUCCAAACAUGCAACAGAGCAGCUACUCCUUCUCCUCACACACAUCCAAGAAAAUUAUGUUCGAUGGAAAUAACGUAAUUGAAGAGAAUGAGAGCUCCGUGAACGAUGGAGGUGAUGACCAAAGUGAGGAUCUCCAACAGGGACCCAUGACUAAGGAGAAGGCAGUCUCUAUCAUGCUUAAGAACACCUCCUUCACCAUUGAGGGUAAAUGCACCGAGGAAGAUGAGAAGAAAGAAAAGCCAUUUAGCGUCUUCUUUAACAGCCAACUGAGCAGAAACCACUUUAGCACUGUGUGCAACUCGAAUGGAAAGAACUUCCUCCGAAAGGCAGAUGGUGGCAGCCCCUUCCCCGUGGAACCACUUAACCCAGAUGAUCUCAACAGAAUGAUGGCUGACAUGUUAAAAUUCUUUGAAAGCCAAAGUGACGGAAAUAGAAUGCUCCUACCCUUUUUGGGCAAAAUGAACUUUAUGGAUGCCCUCGGAAGUUUGGGACUCCCACCUGGUCUCGACUUGGAGAGCAUGUUCAACGACUUCCUCCAGGGAAACGGCACCCCAUGCUGCAGAGGCGCGCGACCAACCAUUGGCGGCCCAUCCAACAAGCAGGACCCCCCCAGCGCGGACGACUCGGAUGAGCAGCACUGAGCUGAUUCGCGGCGCGACGGGGAGGGGGAGGACUAACAGAUGACAUGAAUGAAAGAUGAAGGGUAAAACGACAAGAGAGGCAAAAGGCACAAAAGAGGCUAGUUAGAGAAAGACCUGCUGUGAACAUUCCCCCCAUCCGCGCCCUUACGUGCAUACAUGAACUGUACGCACGCGAGGCGGCCGUCUCCGAGCGGGAGGGCCCCUCCAAACGGAUCACCCGGAUGAGCAGAAGUGAAGAAGUGCAAAAGCGCAGAACCGCAGAAGUGCAAAAGCGCAGAAGUGCAGAUGUACCAUGCACCGUGUAACUUUACAUUUAUCCCUGCGCCCCACGUGCAUACAAGGCCAUCUCUAUACGGGGCUACCUACGCAUGCGUGUGUGUGUGUAUAUAUAUUAUAUAUAUAUUUUUUUUUUUUUAUGAAUCCCAUUUUUACCUUCGAGGGUGUGCUUGUGCGUAUGCUGCAAUGAUGUAUACAAAUGGAUGUGCGCUUGGGGAGGGGCCGUAGGGUUACCAACCCUCUCUCCUCCCCGCGCACAACGUGCAUGUGCUAGUUUGUAUAAUAAAGAAAUGUGCAUGCGCCGCGUUAACCACGUACGUCCAGCAAAAAAAAAAAAAAAAUUCCGCCAAGCUGAUGAGCAGUACGUACAUGAAAGGGAAAAAAAUGAGCAGAUCAGAUGAGAUCAGAUCAGCCGAGACGCACAUGAAGAAAAAGAAACAAUUAAGGAAGU